UCGUUUCGAAGCAAAGGAUUGAUUCCGAUCCGAAGUCCUAAAACCGAGCAUUGAAGUAACUGCUGUUUGCAUAUUCCAUUGCUGUAAUCGGAGUGUACUUGAAGAAGCUCAGAAGACGAUAAUGGCUGCUAUUAACGAAAGCUCUUCAGCUAAACGGUGGCUUCCACUUGAAGCUAACCCUGAUGUUAUGAACCAGUUCCUUUGGGGUCUCGGUCUUCCUAAAGAUGAAGCAGAGUGCAAUGAUGUUUAUGGCUUGGAUGAUGAACUCUUGAACAUGGUGCCUAAGCCUGUACUGGCGGUGCUGUUUCUUUAUCCCGUCACCCAAAAGAGUGAAGAAGAGAGACUGCAACAAGAAAAAGAUGCAAAGAAGGAUUAUAGCGAUCAAGUAUACUUUAUGAAACAAACUAUUGACAAUGCCUGUGGAACUAUUGGACUUCUUCAUGCCAUAGGGAACAUUACUUCGGAGAUUAAGCUUUCCGAGGAAUCAUUCUUGGAUAGGUUCUUCAAGUCUACCAGAAGCAUGGAUCCGAUGGAGCGUGCAGCAUUUCUUGAGAAAAACAACGAAAUGGAAGUUGCGCAUUCAGUAGCAGCAACUGCUGGUGAUACAGCAGCUCCAGAAAACGUUGAUACUCACUUUAUCUGCUUCACAUGUGUGGAUGGGAAACUUUAUGAGCUCGACGGGGUAAAAUCAGAACCAAUAUCACAUGGUCCAUCAUCACCCAGCAGUCUAUUACAGGAUGCAGCUCAAGUCAUAAAAGGCAUAAUCUCGAGCAAUCCCGACUCACUGAGAUUCAAUGUCAUUGCCAUUUCAAAAAAAGCUGGGGAUGCAUCUGAAGGCGACCAAGGUUCGAUCUGAUCUUGGAAUGACCAAAUUCUAUGCCUACUUAUCGUCAUAUGUAGAUGAGUGUAUGAGGAAUCUGUUAACUUGUAAUGACACGUUUCCGAUUUUACCAUAGUUUAACAAAGUGUUUAGUACUCGCAUCAGAUAUUUUGUGGUUUUAGAAAAAAGUUGUUCAUUGCUUUGUUAUUCAAGAUAUGGAAGGUUGACAAGAAUGCAAGUGAUAUUGAUUGAUUUGUGUAAUCGACAAAUCAAAUCAUAAAAGACUCAAAUUAGUCUAAAA